GGUGUUCGAUACUAUACUUUAUUAUAUGUAAAUAUACUAAGCAAUCAAUUGCUUAGCAGAAAUGAGCAAUUACACAAAGUUUUACAUAAAAUUAUAAUUAUUUGUUUUAUUUUUAGUUUUAUUAUAUUCUGUAUUUUUAUCGUAUUGUAUGUUGAUUGAAAUAAAAUACAUUAUAGGACAGAUAUCAGUUCAAAGGUGUAUAUUAGAGGUUAGCAAGUUUUCAAGUAAAUAUUCAGAAAGUGUUGCAGCUUAUAGAAAAGAAGCAAUUGUUAGACGUGAACUAUCUGAUAACUUUUGUUUUUAUAAUCCAAAAUAUGAUAGCAUUAAGAGUGCAGCAAAUUGGGCACAAACUACACUUAAUGAACAUAGAGAAGACAAAAGAAAAUAUGUUUAUACUAGAGAAGAACAUGAAAGUUUACAAACUCACGAUGAUUUAUGGAAUUCUGCACAAAUUCAGCUGGUUAAAGAAGGAAAGAUGCAUGGCUUUCUUCGUAUGUAUUGGUCAAAAAAAAUAUUAGAAUGGACAGAUACACCAGAAUGAGCUCUUGCGGAAUCAAUAUACCUUAAUGACAAAUACAGUAUGGAUGGACGAGACCCAAGUGGUUUUGUUGGAAGCAUGUGGUCAAUCUGUGGAAUACAUGAUCAAGGAUGGAGAGAAAGGGAAAUUUUUGGUAAAAUAACAUAUAUGAAUUAUGACGGAUGUAAAAGAAAGUUUGAUGUAAAUGCAUUUGUUACAAGAUAUGGUGGGAAAGUUCAUAAAUAUGUUAAAAAAUAAUUUUUAUACUAUAACCUUAAUAUUGUAUGUAUGUACAAUAUUUAAUUAAUGCGUAUUAACAAUUUAUUUUAUAGCUUUCUUAUUUGAGUUUUAUUUUUAAUAAUUAAAAUGUUGUGAAAAAUAAAAAUUAUAUGUGAA